CUUUUUUUUGACAUCAUGACUCAUUGGAAACAAAUCACUAGAACGACACGAUCGAUACCAAAAUCAACUGUAUUUCCAAGAAAACAACCAUUCAGUCCAUCAUUAUGUUCGCCUUUAUUAUCCAAACAUAUCAUCCCUACGACAAUAGCAACAAACCAUCGCCAUUUGGCAGUUCGAUGUAUUUCAUUCAAAGGACUUUUCUCAGCAAAAAGAGAACCACAACCAGAAAACAAGAUACUUUUAACUCAAGACAAUUUAUUCCAUCCAUUAUCCAAGUCUCCUAUUCCUGAAUUACGCGACCGAGCGGCCAUUAUCAACAAAUAUGGUGUAUGUCCUGUAUGUGAUCAAAACUCGGAACACCAUAAGCACCCUCCUACUUUUGAAUGUCCUGAUUGUGGUUAUCCUACUCAUUGUAGUGAAGAUCAUUAUCAUCAAGGUAAACAAGCUCACCAACAUAUCUGUAGCAUCCUACGCGAACAAAAUGAAGACGACCAUGAUUUAAGAUCUGGACGAACUAUGAAAGAAUUUGAAUUUCCAUCAUCACAGGGUUUUGAUGAAACUGUCAAUAUGGGUAAUUGGGAUAUGUAUUUUUAUACAAGAGGAUUCCCAUCCAUGGAUUCCCAUCGAUCAAUGCGACAUGUCUCCAAAUUACUGACUUAUCCUAUCACUGUGGCCUCUGUUCUACAUGAAUCGUGUCCGUACAAAUUUGGCAAAGAAAUCACUGUAGAAGGGAUGCGAUCAUUAUCUGCUUUACGUACUAUUUUGUAUCCUCGAAAUGAAGUGAUCAAGAAUGGAGUUAAUUUGAUUCGGUCAGAUAUGAUCAAUAUUUAUGUAGUUGGAGCAAGAGCUGAAGCGACAUUACCUCAACAUAUCUGGUUACAAAUGGCUUAUCUAUUCCCUCGAUCUCCAUUCCAUAUCCAUUUUGUUGGCCCUGAUUGCUUACCACCCAAUACAGAACCCUAUACAACUUCUUUGAAUGAACGCCUAAUGUUUACUUAUGACAAUUCUUAUUACCACGAUUAUCAUGAAAAGAUUGAAAAGUUUGAUCCUUACACUGAUCUUUUCUUUUUAUUCUCACCGGGUAUUGGACACGAUAUGGCACGUGAAGGAUGGAAACCAACGAUUCAAAAGGCUCUAGAGACGAAAUGUCCUAUCUUUUUAACUGGAUUUGAUGAACAUGAUAUGGGUACCGACAUUGAAGCUGUGGAACAAGAUUAUAGUGGUGAAUUCGAUUGGAUCUUGAAGCCUACUGAAAAUGAAUUCCGUAGUUUGAAACGUGAUGUUAACUUGAUGGAUUUACGCCAAACUAUCUUUGCCAAUUGGGGAAUCUGGGGUAUUCGUGGAAAACGGUAUGAUGUGACCCAUCAUCCUGAAGAUGAAUGAUUGAUUUAUACAGUUGUAGUACAAGUAGUAGUAAUAGUAGUAAUAUAGUUUUAGAUUAUUAUUUUUUUUUUCUAGAUUUUGUCCUCCCCUUCCUUUAUUUUUUUUUUUUUUUGAUCAUGUAUUUUAUUCUUUUUUUUACAUUCCCAUUGAUAUCAUCAUUCAAUAAAAGAAAAUGUCAAUUCAA